CUUGCAGCCGCUUUACUAGCAAAAGUUUCGCGACAAAAUAAAGGUUCCAUCGUGUUACCGGGAGCGUACUGGAUAAAAGAAAUGCAGCACGCACCGAAUACGUGAAAGUUAUUGUUUCGUGGCAGAUUGGUAUCUUGUUGACAGUGUUGAAGCCAUAUUUAUGUAGCGAUUAACGCAGCACAGUGCCUUUGUUUUACUGCUGUGUUCCAUCGCCACCACCGCAUGAUAAUACGCGACCGUCGGAAACAACUUUAUCAUUUGUUCUGCUAACUUCGAUCCGUAUACCAUAUGGCCCAACGAUAGUGCAUGUCUACUAUGACCUACCACGCACGUCCAGGAAGUGGAAACCUUAGAUAUUUUUAGAAGAAAUAAUCGAAAAAUAUGAUGCGUGCGGCAGCUGCACUUCAGCGUAACGCAUUGUAACGCAAAUAAAAGACAAAGGCCGUAACCACUGAUGCCCCGGUUCGUUGGUUGGGUUGAGUUUGAAAAGCGCGACCAGCGAGACGUGAAAACCUUAAGCCACGAUGCCCUUCUGUUGUGGUUGCUGCGGGGACUCCACCUCAGAAUACGAAUAUCGCCCUAUAGGAGUGCCACAGCCACCAAGCGGUUUUGGUGCGCGCCAUGUACAAACACUGUUGCUAUUCUUCGGUCUCACGGUGGCCUACGCGUUGCGCGUUAACCUUUCCGUCGCGAUCGUGGCAAUGGUCGAUCGGCAUGCCGUCAACAAGGACUUUGAGGAUUUUAACUGGAACGAAGAGACGAAAUCGAUCAUCCUGAGCAGCUUCUUCUGGGGGUACGUGGUAACGCAGAUACCUGCCGGUCAGAUGGCGCAACGGUUUGGUCCAAAGAUUCUACUACUGUUCUCGAUUGGCAUCUGCUCAAUGCUGGCAGUAUUGACACCCUUCUGUGCCCAUGCCGGUGAUGCAAAGGCAGUUAUCGGUUUGAGGAUAGUGCAGGGUUUGAGUCAGGGAUUUAUUUUUCCCUCCACACACACGAUGCUGUCACGGUGGGCACCGGCAUCGGAACGUGGUCGACUCGGUACACUCAGCUACGCAGGCGCUCAGUUUGGUACGGUGAUAAUGCUAGCGGUUAGCGGAUUUCUCGCCUCUUCGAGCAUGGGCUGGCCGAGCAUAUUUUACAUUUCGGGCGCAGCUGGAAUCUUGUGGUCGGUAGCGUGGUUCUUCUACGGUAGCAACUCACCGGCCGAGUAUCGUGGAAUUGCUCCGGAGGAACGUGAGUUUAUUGAGAGCUCGUUCGGACCGCAAGAUCACAGCCGCCGUAUCGUGACGCCCUGGAUUGCCAUCAUAACAUCCGCACCGAUGAUUGCGCUUACGAUCGCGCAUAUGGCUCACAACUGGGGCUUCUGGACGUUGCUAACGGAGAUGCCCACGUACAUGAAGGAAGUGCUAGAACUGGACAUCAAAAAGAACGCUCUGCUGUCCUCACUGCCGUAUUUAGUGAUGUGGAUUCUAAGCUUCGUGUUUAGCGCACUGUCGGAUUUCCUUAUCAACCGGCAGUAUCUGUCGCGUGUGGUUAGCCGCAAGCUGUUCAACACGAUCGGUCUGUGGAUUCCGAUGGCUGCCUUGCUGGGACUCGCCUUUGUGCCAAAGGGUGGAUCGGAUCUUGCGAUCGUGCUGCUUACGCUGGCGGUUGGUAUCAAUUCGGCGACGUAUUUGGGCUUCCAGGUGAACCAUAUCGAUCUCGCUCCCAACCAUGCGGGCACGAUGAUGGGCAUCACGAACUGUGCGGCCAACAUUAUGUCCAUUAUUGCACCGCUCAUCGUGGGACAAGUGAUAACGGACGCGACUGAUCCUAUACAGUGGCGCUGGGUGUUUUACAUUGCCGCCGGAGUGUAUUUCUCCGGUAAUCUUAUUUUCAUCAUCUUCGGCCAGGCUGAUAUUCAGUCGUGGAAUCAACCUGAAUCACCGAUUCCUCGUACCAUAUCCAAUGCUAAUGAAACCCAAUCUGCACGGAAUGCAAACAAUACGACAAGCAACGUGAACCAUAGCGAUUGAACAAAUUGAAAUGGAGGGGCUUUUUCUAGUCCACCUAUCAAACACUUGGGGGUAAACGAUAUACGCAACAAUGCAGAAACCGUCUAAAACCGUAAUACCAUGAACCGAAAAAGAUAGGAACUGCGUUACAGGAUCAAAGAAGAGGUGUGAUAAAACGUACUGGGAAUUUUCUCGUUGUAGUCAUAUCAUUUAGUAUUAUAAGAAAAAGUACGAAAAAGGGAUUUACACUAAAAA